GUCGACAUGUCAACAGAGAAGGUUCCGGAAGCUGGUCCGGUUUGAAUGGCGGGUGCGGUGGUGCUGCCGUCGCCGCCGCCGCCGCCGUCUCCGGUGAAAUAUUGCCAUGCCUAGUUCCCUCUUGUGGGCUGUGGAUGUACAUGGAAGAGUGUAUACUCUAUCUACAGCUGGACAGUAUUGGGAGUUGUGCAAAGAUGGGAACUUAGAAUUUAAGAGGUUGGCAGCUGUCAAACAGUGUUGUUGGGGAAUAGCAUGUGACCAACAGGUCUACGUCUGUAUCUACUUCAAUGAUGUUCCAAUCCGAUAUCAAGAGGAGACAUAUGAAAAUCAGCGUUGGAAUCCUGUGGAUGGUUAUAGCGAACGAUUGCUUCCAAGUGACCGCUGGCAAUGGAGCGAUGUCACAGGGCUGAUACAUCAACCGAUCCCUGAAUUCAAGCUCCAAUCUGACCACUGGAAAUGGGAAUCUGACUGGUAUGUGGAUGAAAAUAUUGGAGGAGAGCCAACGGAAAAAGGGGGUUGGACGUAUGCUAUCGAUUUUCCUGCAACUUACACAAAAGGUAAAAGAUGGAAUUCUUGUGUGCGUCGCCGACGAUGGAUCCGAUACAGAAAAUACAAGUCGUGUGACAUGUGGGCUAAGAUUCCUUCACGAGAAGAUGAACAACUACCAGAUCCCUUUAAUGACAUCACAGUUGGAGGAUGGGAAAUUACUGAUGAGCCUGCAGGACAUCUUUCAGUCUGGGCUGUUACAGUACAAGGGAAGAUAUUUUACAGGGAAAAUGUAAAUGAUCAGAAUCCUGAGGGUUCAUCAUGGACUGAAAUUCCUGCUCUUGGUGAAGUAAUCCAGAUCAGCUGUGGCCCCGGUGACCUGUUGUGUGCUGUAUUAUGGGAGGGUCAGUUGAUGGUGCGGGAAGGAGUAAACCGAGAAAACCCUAAAGGGAAUUCCUGGAAGAUCGUUGAACCUCCAGACUCUGACAAUGGCAUUGUCCAUGUCUCAGUUGGCAUCAAUGUACUGUGGGCUAUCUCACGAGACAGAAGAGUUUGGUUUCGAAGAGGUGUUUGUUCAGAGAAUCCCAUUGGAGCAGGUUGGAUUGGUAUGAAUAUCGAGAUGGUGAUGCUGAAUGUGGGAUUAAAUGAUCAGGUCUGGGGAAUUGGCUAUGAAGAUCGCACUAUCUAUUUUCGUCAAGGUAUAACACCUACGGAGUACAGUGGAAAGACAUGGAAACCAAUAGUAGUUAAUAGAGAAACUGACCGAGCUUCUCACGCAGGCAGUGCCAACAGUCUCACAAGCGCUGGCUGUUUCUUUGGGGAUGAAGUUAGGGUACCUUCUCUAGGAUCCACUGAUACUGAUGUUGAAUUUUCCUCUGAAAUGGAUAAAUUAGCAAAGAAAACUGAAAAUGUUCUUGAAUCUAUUGGCGAGAAUGUAAGUUGCCCUGGAACUGCAGUAGAUGGAGAGAUCCUUGCUUCUGGAUCGACCACACCGAACAAAUGUGAAAAUAACACUGUGUCUCAUCUGAAUGUACUUGAGACGGUUUCUACAGUCGAAGACUCUUCACAAAAACGAACGCCGUCAGAUUUGGAACCAGUCGUUUCUGCUUACGGAUCUGAGAACUUGACAUAUCGAGAUCGUCCUCCAGGGGAUAGCAAUGAAGGUGUUCAUUCCGACUCAAACACAAUAACUUCAGAUUUAACUGAAACAUCCAGCAUUUCGUCUGCAGGAACCUAUUCUUUUGGAAUUGAAGAGCAUUACGUGUCCGAGGAGCGCCCACUCUGGGCUUGGAUCAGUGGAGGGGGUUGUGAUAUAGAAUCUCACUCACAGCUGAAUUGGUUCACUGUCCAUUCAGGUCAGCCCCUCUCUACGCAGUCAUUCUCAAUGCCCUAUUCUCCAACCCAGCAAACAGUUUGGCGGAAACAGAUUGUUCAUCAAUUAAAUGAAAGGACCAAACGAGAACUGGAGAACUUUAAGCAUUACGAGCAGGCUGUGGAGCAGUCUGUGUGGAUAAAGAAGGGAAGCUUGCAGUGGUGGAGAGAUGGGAAACCACAUAAGUGGAUAGAUGUUAAGGUUGCACUGGAACAGUUUACAGGGAAUGAUGGUAAACGGGAUGGCAUCCUAUUCAUUUACUAUACAUUCAAUGAUGAAAAGAAGUACCUGCACUUAUUUUUAAAUGAAGUUACAAUUUUGGUACCGAUUGCCAUUGAAACCAAGCAUUCAUUUGCUAUUUACACCCCAGAGAGGACAAAACAGAGAUGGCCAAUUAGAUUAGCAACCAGCACUGAGCAGGAAAUGAAUGAUUGGCUUGCCAUCCUGAGUUUAGCAUGUUGUGACAGCCGAGAAAUCCAAGGAUCCCCAUCCAGUCAGGCCAUUUGGUCCAUCACUUGUAAAGGAGACAUCUUUGUCAGUGAGCCAACUCAGAGUCUGGAAUCAACAUCACAUGCCAUGCCAUCGGAUCAAUUGUUUUGGCGUCAGAUUGGAGGACAUCUUCGUUUAGUCGAAUGUAACAAUCAAGGGAUAGUGUGGGGUAUUGGAUACAACCACACAGCCUGGGUUUACACUGGUGGAUAUGGAGGCGGUUUCUUUCAAGGCCUGGCUGGCAGCACUGAUAAUAUUUACACGCAGACCGAUGUGAAGUGUGUCUACAUUUAUGAAAACCAGCGUUGGAAUCCUGUUAGUGGAUACAGCAGUAGAGGCCUGCCAACAGAUAGGUAUAUGUGGAGUGAUGCAUCAGGUUUACAGGAAUGUACAAAGGCACACACUAAACCACCGUCACAGUGGAUAUGGGUCUCUGAUUGGUAUAUUGAUUUCAACGCUCCAGGUGGUACUGACAGGGAAGGCUGGCAGUUUGCAGCAGAUUUUCCUGCCUCUUAUCACGGUUAUAAGACAAUAAAGGAUUUUGUACGACGUCGGCGAUGGGCAAGAAAGUGUAAAAUAGUUACGACAGGACCCUGGUUUGAAGUUCCACCAAUACCACUUCGGGAUAUCUCACUGAUUCCAAGUUUCGCACAGAAGGUGGAUGAUGAAGCAGCACUUUGGGCUAUCAGCAGCAAAGGAGAUGUCUUGUGUAGGCUUGGAGUAACAAAGCAAAACCAAUCAGGAACAUCAUGGCUGCACAUUGGUACAGAUCAACCCUUCGUAUCCAUCUCUAUUGGUGCCUACCACCAGGUUUGGGCCAUUGCCAGAGAUGGUGCUGCUUUCUACCGUGGAUCAGUUUCUUCGCAGAACCCUGCAGGUGAUUGUUGGUAUCACAUGCCUCCCCCUGCCAAGCAGAAACUCAAACAAGUCUCUGUGGGUCAGAUGUCCGUGUUUACUGUGGAUGACAAUGGUAAUUUGUGGUAUCGCCAAGGUAUUGCACCAAGUUAUCCUCAAGGAUCCAGCUGGGAAUACGUUUCCAAUAAUGUUCGCAAAGUCUCUGUUGGGCCUCUUGAUCAGGUUUGGAUAACUGCAGACAAAGUCCAAGGUAGCCAUAGCUUGAGCUGUGGGACAGUGUGCCACCGCACUGGAGUCCAACCACUGGAGCCUAUGGGUCACUCUUGGGACUACGGAAUUGGAGGUGGAUGGGACCACAUUACAGUAAGAGGAACCUCUUUGAAACCUGCACAUCAUUAUGUUCCCCCGACGCCUCACAGCACACCACUAAAAUCAGCUAACCAGGAAGGAUAUGGCGGCAAUAGUUCUUUGAGCACUUUAUUUGUCAACAAACAGCAGGAACUUAAUAAAAAUGCUGUUAACUGUUGACAGUUGAUAUCAUAAUUGUAUCUACUUUCUGUAUUAUCAGUCUGAAUAACUACUAGCAUUUUACCCAGAACAACUUCAUCCAUCUGAGUCUAACCCAUUUAUUAAAAGAGAGAAUAUUCUUUCAUAAUUUUCAUGUUAGAGAUCAGCUUGGUAUUGACCCAUUUCCCCAAUUAAACAAAUCAUAACGGAUCCAAAUUUGGUUGAAAUCUAAAUAUAGAAGGCUUUUAUUUCAGACUGUGCAGCACAGAAGCAAAACCAGUACAGCUCAGGGGUCAAACCUUGGAUCGUCUGUGUCUCUAUGGUUCAGUUAUUUGCUGGAUAAUCUCACCAAAGGGAUGAGGAGAGUAAAGGAAUGAAGGAAUAAUAAAAAUAUUAUUGCCUUGAAUCUCAGAUCUGCUCAGGUACAUUCAGAACUAUAACCAAGGACUAUUGUUGCCAAUCCAAAAUGACUGAUUCAUAGAAAACAUUGUUUUUUUAAAAAAAUAAGCAGGAGUUGACAUUUAUAGUUAUUAUUUGUCCACAGACUUGUAUUGCACGAGCAGAGUAUCAAUAGUGUUGGAUACAGGUAUUACACUGGAUUUUUGUUAUCCACCUAAUAUUUAAUGUGUUACAAUUCUUCUGUGGGUGCAACCGAGUGUUCAGCCUGACAUUGGUUUCUCUAACUGACUUUACCCCAGAGGCUUAAUUGUCCACUUACUAGCACUAAAACUGGAGUAGAUAUUUAAUGUUUUUUACUGUAAUGGUUCCAUAGUAAAUGCUCCACCUGUCCAUACAGAGCUAAACGAUCCAAGGUUCAUCCCAAGUCUUUUAAGUCAGCUGAUUUCAACAGUGGUGGGAAAAACAUCCAGGCUUUUCACUCUUUAUGAUCAAUUGUUCUUUGACAUAAGAUUAGGCUCUGUUGUAAUGCUGUCAUACUUACUGUUUAAACUUUGCAAGUGAAGAACAGCUUCUUGGGUGAGAUACUGGAAAGCUACCAAUGUCUGUGGAAUUGUAUCCAAACACUGCCUUCAGUAGUGCAUUGAGAAAAUUGGGAGGGGAAAUUAAAUAUGAUAUUGGUCCACAAUGACAAAUUAUUUAAAGUGAGGAGAUUUACUUUGUUGACAAUCAGUGGAUGUUUUAAAGUGAUUUAUUUAGAAAUCAAAGCAAAAAAUCAAAGAUAACACUUCUGUAGACAAAACCUGUCCUCUUCAAUACUGACCCAUUAAAUCUGUAUCACUGUAUUCAAAACAAGUCCCUAACAAUAAUGUGAGAAUGACUUACAGGCGUGGAAAGUAUUUUUCUUGUUGGGCUUGUAUUUUUGAUAUGUGUAAUGUUUGAUGAUUCUUGAAUUUAAUGGAUUAUUUUGCAUGUGUAUUUCUGUAAACACAAAUUGCAAACUGCUUUAAUUCUUAAUAUAAUCAAUUAUUUAUGGUGACACCGUUACUAUAUUUUUGCUGCGUUUAGAAAAGUUACGGACUGUUAAGAAUGAUGUGAAACUCCAAACGCCAGGUCUCUCUCUGCAUCUUCUACACAAAGCACUUCUAGUAUCUUUGUUGUUUAUUAUUAUCACGAGGUGUUUAGGUUGCUGGUCAUUUGCUACACCCAGUUAAUGUGAUUUAAUUCAUCAGUAAACCAAUAAUGAUAAUGUUAAAAAUACGUACAUACUGUAAAAGAGUGGCAAUGAAAAUUAGACAUUUCCAGCGUGAAAAGGUUUGUUCGGUGGGAAUUUUUGACUUACGUUUAUUCCAAUCUUAACAAUGUAUUUCACAGUGGUUCCAUUCUUUUCCAAAAUGUGUGAAUAAUAAAGUGCUGUAGAUCACUGAAGUCUUUGAAAACACUGCUGGAAUUAACCAUGUGCUAAGUUAUAUGAAAGCAGACAAAGUGAUGCAUACUUUUUAUUUAAAAAGGCUUUUUUAUUUUUGUUAACUUUUAGAAGGGGCUUGGGUUUCUUUAUGCUUGUAAAUGUUUUUGCUGAACGUGAUGCAGGUGUGAAUGUAUAUUACAACAAACUGUUUGUAAUGCAGUGUUUACCAGAAUACCAUAUGACAUGAAUUCCUUUUCUUUGUGCUUUGCUGAUAUUGUGUGUGCUUUUUAAUACAGUUGAUUGGUCGAAACAAA